GAAGACCUGGAAGCCCUGAUAGCCCAUUUCCAGACCCUCGACGCCCAGAAGACUCAGAUCGUGGAGACCCCGUGCCCCCCGCCAUCGCCACGGUUAAACGCCUCCCUCUCCGCACACCCUGAGAAAGACGAACUGAUCCUUUUCGGAGGUGAAUAUUUCAAUGGCCAAAAAACGUUGCUGUACAAUGAGCUCUACGUGUACAACGUCAGGAGGGACACGUGGACGCGGGUCGACAUCCCCGGACCUCCUCCGAGGCGAUGCGCUCACCAGGCCGUGGUGGUGCCUCAGGGCGGCGGACAGCUGUGGAUCUUUGGAGGGGAGUUUGCGGCUCCCAGCGGAGAGCAGUUCUACCACUACAGGGACCUCUGGGUCCUGCACCUGACCACCAGGACCUGGGUGCAAGUCAAAGCAACUGGAGGUCCUUCGGGUCGGAGUGGACAUCGGAUGGUGGCCUGGAAGAGACGCUUAAUCCUUUUCGGUGGCUUUCAUGAGAGCACAAGGGACUAUGUCUACUACAACGACGUGUACGCCUUCGACCUGGACACCUACACGUGGAGCAAGCUGUCCCCGUCAGGGACCGGACCCUCCCCCAGGUCCGGCUGCCAGAUGUCCGUCACGCCGCAGGGCAGCAUAGCCAUCUAUGGGGGCUACUCGAAGCAGAGAGUCAAGAAAGACGUGGACAGGGGCACCCAGCACGCGGACAUGUUCCUCCUGAGGCCGGAAGAGGGGCGAGAAGGCAAGUGGGUGUGGACACGGAUCAACCCGUCAGGGACUAAGCCCACCCCAAGGUCUGGCUUUUCGGUGGCUGUGGCCCCGAACCAUCAGACACUGCUCUUUGGGGGGGUCCGUGAUGAGGAAGAGGACGAGAGCCUGGAGGGAGACUUCUUCAAUGACCUGUACUUCUACGACGCCACCAAGAACCGCUGGCACGUGGGGCAGCUGAAGGGACCCAGGCCCGAGAGGAGAAAGCGGAGGCGAGCCAAGAAGGAGGGGCCCGGAGGGGCCAGCGAGCCGCACCGCGGGGGAGCCGGCGCCCCGCAACCCCUGGAGGUGGUCCGAGAGGUGGUGGCAGAGGACGGGACCGUGGUCACCAUCCGGCAGGUGCUCCCGGCCUCAGGCUCAGGCUCGGUGGAUCGGCCCCCGUCCGAGGACGAAGACAGCCCUGAGGAAGUGGGCGGCCCUGGGGCGGGACCGAGCCCGCGCUCCAAUGCCAUGCUGGCCGUGAAGCACGGGCUGCUCUAUGUCUAUGGAGGCAUGUUUGAGGCCGGCGACCGCCAGGUCACCCUCGGCGACCUGUACUGCCUCGACCUGCACAAGAUGGACGAGUGGAAGGUCCUGGUUGAGACGGACCCAGGAGCUCAGGAGUGGCUGGAGGAGCCGGACUCGGAGGAAGACUCGGAAGAUGAUAGCGAGGACGACAGCGAGGACGACGGUGGGGAGAGUGGCGUGGAGGGUGACGAGACGUCCCCAACUGUGGGGGGCCCCGGUGAGCAGUCUGGCGACCGCCCAGAACAGAACAGCGGGCCCAGACGCCGUGGAAGUCGGCCCGAAGGGAAGGAGAGUGCUCCCGGCUGCCCAGGCCAUGCUGCUGGGCCGGAGGGCCCCCCGAGCGAAGGGUGACGGGCCUCGACAUCCGCGUUGUCAGAAGAGCUUGGAUGUGAAGCGAGGCCACCAUGCCGCCGUGUUCCUGGCCGUCGGGCCUCUGCGGGGGUGAGGGCCUGCGGGAAGCACGUUUGCCCUAAUAAAUGCGGGGUGCCGUGCAUUGUGGGUCUCCCUGCAAAGUGA